AACAUGAAAGGUUUAGCCCUUAAACUACUAUAGCUAGUAGUAUAUAUACACAUACACAUAAAUGUUAACUUCCAUAAGUAACAAAUUAAGUUGAGUUCCCUUAUAUAUUUUUAUUGUAAAGUUUGAUCAUCAAUUAUGAGUAGCUUUAGUGAAGAACAAGAAGCUUUGGUAGUCAAGUCAUGGGGGUCUAUGAAGAAAGAUGCUGGUGAAUGGGGUCUCAAAUUCUUUCUCAAGAUAUUUGAAAUAGCACCAUCGGCAAAAAAGUUGUUCUCAUUCCUCAAAGAUUCAAAUGUGCCAUUGGAUCAAAAUCCUAAGCUCAAAGUUCAUGCUAAAUCUGUCCUUGUCAUGACUUGUGAAGCAGCAGUUCAACUUAGAAAAGCUGGAAAGGUUGUGGUGAGGGAUUCCACUCUAAAAAAAAUAGGUGCUACACAUUUCAAGUAUGGUGUGGUUGAUGAGCAUUUUGAGGUAACAAAAUAUGCCUUGUUGGAGACAAUAAAAGAAGCAAGUCCAGAAAUGUGGAGUGUUGAGAUGAAGAAUGCAUGGGGAGAGGCGUAUGAUCAAUUGGUUAGUGCUAUCAAGACUGAGAUGAAGUAGCUAACCUUCAAAAUACAAUAAAAUAAAUAAAUUUACAUCCUCUUGUAUAACGACAACAAUAACAUUAGUCUUGUAAAUGGGGUCUGAAAUCGAGAAUAUAAUGUAUGCAUAUCUUAUUUCUAUUUUUUAUGGAGUAGAAGGACUGAUUCCGAUUAACUAUCGGCUCAAAAUAUUUUGUAUUACUUUCAAAGUUUUGUAAUCUAAUUUGUGUGCUAUGUCUUUUGUAUAUAUGUAUGGAUUAUUUAUUUUUUGCA